CUGUGUGGUGACGUCUCAUCAUGGCGCGCUACAUACCGUCUCAAAACUGCAUUUAUCGGUUCUCUCGAGGAUAUAACAACAGUCAGCGACUCGGCGGAUACAAAUGUUGUGGAUGCACUAACUUCUCGAAUACAAAUGUGAUACACGAUAGACAGAAUCAGCGUUUCACAGUUACUCUUGACUGCGGCGGAGCAGUGAGCAAUGCAGUGCUGAAAUACACUGUCAGUCAGGAUCAGCAGGUGGAGUUGAUCUCUACAGAGGUUCCUGAAUCACACAGGGGUAAAGGUGUAGCAGCUCACCUGGCAAAGGCUGCUCUGGAUUUCGUUGUUGAAGAAAAGUUGGCAGUGAGGAUAUCCUGUUGGUACAUUAGAAAAUAUGUUGAUGAAAAUCCAUAUCUUGGAUACCAGGCUUACAUUGAAAAUAAAUAGAGGCAGAAUUAAACAAUAUCUUAACAGAAGGUUUUACAUACAUCUUUCCUCAUUUACAACCGGUCGACUUGCAGUCUUAUGACAGGAUGAACAGAGCAGAUGUCAGAGCCUACAAGUACAAAAGAGGUACAAACAAGUAAACAAACGGUUGAACGUACGAAUGAAUGAAUCCAUGCAUAAAUCCAGUCCAAACAGUGUUUGAAAUAGGCUGUGCCAUCCAGACUUGUUAACUUCCCCCUCUAUUAAAAAUAUAGAUUAAUCAAGUAACCAUCUCAGUGCCUAGUAACCACUCUAUUGCUUAGAAAAACCCUAGCACUGAAAAUCAUGUCGUUACUAGUGUUUUUUUUAAAGGCCUACUGAAUGUAAUUCAUGAGGGGGUUAUUCAGUGAUGCCAUGUGUACAUUUCAGACAUCUUGGAUAUUAGGAUAAUUAAGUGAGAUCACUCUGCUGGAAUUAUUAGGCAAAUUAUUGAACUCACGGUCUUCAUCAUCUGAAACACAAGAUUAUUGUGUUCCAAAUCACAAUGUUCUACAUUUCAAAAAGCCAUGAGUAAAAUUGGUUUUAAUUAUUAUUUAUUUUUGUUGUAAAUGUAAUUUCACAGCUUAAAUUCACCUUUUAUUGCAUGAAUACAUCACAAACAUCAGGUGUCUCUUGCUCUA